AUGGCGCUCUUCUCCUUUUCCCUUUUCAACAUCCCCAGCCUGACGGCUGCGCUGCACAUAAUGGACCUGAUCGACGCCGUGCGCUCGGCCGCAACCGCCCUGAUAACCCACCACAGCCGCGCCGCCACCGCCACCGCACGGCGCCUGCCCCCGGGCGGCCUUCCGCUGACCCGCCUCUCCACCCCAGCCACGCGCAUCGCGCUGCUCCUCGCCCUCCCGCUCACGCUAUCCCUCCUCCUCCUGCUCCGCCUCUCCUCCCUCCGCCGGCGCCGCACUGAUCGACGCCAGCCACCAACCGCAAAACGCACCACCCCCACCACCGUCCUCCUCACCACCACCAACGGCGCCCCCGCCCCGGCCAUCUCCCUCGCCCGCUCCCUCCACGCCGCCGGCCACACCGUCGCCGUCGCCUACACCUCGCCUCCCCCUCCCCCCCUCUCCUCCCGCUUCCCGCUGUCCCUCCUCCUGCACCCUGCCUCCCUCCUGCCUCCAUCCACCAGCUUCUCCGCCGCCGUCGCCUCGUCCCAUCGUCUCAACGUCUUUUCCGCGCAGCGGCAGCAGCGGCGGCAGCAGCAGCAGCAGCUCCGCCGCGGCCGUCGUGGUUCGGCGAAGACCGACGAGGAUGACGGCGAUGGCGACUCCGACGAGGUGGCCAGCUCGCGCGACACCUACGAGCACGAGGUCCUCGGCGCCAUCCUGCGCGUCAGGCCGAGCGUGUGGGUGCCGUGCGAGCUGUUUGACGUCGGCGCGGCGGAGGACGGUGGCGACGAGGACGACGGCGAUGGCGAUGACGCGGCGCCGCUUCGCGAGGCCGUGGGGAUGCUGAGGGAGACGCUGAGGAGGGAGGCUGAGAGGGGGAGGCCGAGGGUGAGGUGCGGGGUGUUGGCGCCGGAGGGGGCGGUGUUGGAGGGGGAUGGCGCGGCGUUUAGGGCGUUGGUUGAGGGGUUGGGGGGUGGGGUGGAGGUUUUGCGGGGUGGGGAGCGGAUGGAGUUGGGGGAGGAGGUGGUGGUGAGGAGGAGGGGGGAGGUGCAUGGGGUGGUGCAUGCGGGGAGGCGGAGGGGGGCGAGGUGGGUGUUGGAGUCGGAUGGUGAUGAUGGGGAGGUGCAGAGGGUGGAGUUGCCGGUGGGCGACGACCACGACGACUGCUUGAAUGAGACGUACGAGUGCGUUGCGCGCCUCGACGUCUCGGACGCGCGGCCGUGGGUGAUGCGCGAGGUGUUGGCGGUGGUGGCUGAUCGGUUUGAGGGAGGAGAGACGGCGUACCGGGCCCACGCCGUCGUCCUGCACGGCACGGUGCGAGCCUUCGCAGUGUCGAAAGCAGCCGACGACGCCGACGAGACGGCCGGACGCCUCCUCCUCGACCCUUCCUCGCCUCUGUACGCCUCCAUCCGCACCUUCGUCGUUGCCUUUGUCGCUGCCCUACCAGGCCGCCCCUCCGCACCCCUCGCCAUCGACAUCACCGUCCGCACCUCGUCCACACCAACAGGGACAGCCACGAGCAUCCACCCUAUCCGCUGUCUAUGGUCCCUGCCCCCCCUCUUCGCCCCUCCCUUCUCCACCGCCCUGGCCUCGCUCAUCGCCUCAACCGCAUCGAUGGCCACGCGGCCGCCGCCCCCGCCGCCACACCCUCCAACCCCCAAGCAUCCCCCCAUCGACGAUUCCACCGUCGCCUCCCCACCGCCCCCCACAAACCUCCUCCACACCCCACCCACCAGCCCCAUCCUCAACCCCCUCGUAACCCGCUUCGUCGCCUCCACCCUCCCGCCCACCCCGCCCGGCAGCCCCGACUCGCGCCGCUCGCGCUCCGCAGACAACCACUACAACAGCCCGUCGUCGAAGCCGAAGCGCGACGCCGCCGCCGCCGCCGCCGCCACAGCUCUACCCCCGCCGCGGCCAUCGACGCCGCCGGCACAACGCCCGUCCACGCCUCCCCCUCCCCCGCUCGGCUGGUCCACACGACCACACAGCAGGAGCAGGAGCAGGAGCAGGAGCAGGAGCAGGAGCAGGAGCAGAAGCAGCAGCCGAACCCGACCCCGAAGCCAAAGCGUCGACAGCGGCGUCGGCCUCAGCGCCAGCAUCGAGCUCGACAAGCGCGCGGCGCAGCCCGCACCACUCCCCAGCGCCGAGCAGCACGACCGCACCGCCAUCGCCGCUCCCACCUCCGCCCCCGUCCUCGUCGACGAGCACGUCGUCGUCGACGACGAGAUCCCAACCUUCACCAACCUAACCGGGUGGUACUCGCUCCCGCGCACGCUGCGGGCCUACGUGGCGGUGCCGCUGGCGCAGCUGGUGCUGCUGCGGGCGCCGUCGGUGCGGGAAGGGGUGGUGGCGGUGGUGCAGGGGUGGGCGGUGGUGGUGGAGAGGGUGUUGUUGCGGGGGUGGGUGAUGCGUGGGACUGGUGGUGCUGGUGGUGUAGCUGGGCGGUGGGAUGGCGCGCCGUGGUUGUGGGAGUGGGGGGUUAGGUGGGCGGUACUUGGUGGUGGUGGUGGGUGA